AUGCAAUCUAUAGAAGGCUUACGAGUAAUUCUUGAAUGGUAUGAAAUUAGUAACAGUCUCCCAUUAGAGCGGGUUUGGAUCAUAAGUGCUUUGUGGGAUGUCACUUCUGUCUUUGAGCCCCAGAAAUUCACAGCAUUGUCCUUCAAUGGCAGCUUGUCUUUUGCCUUUCACACAAAUAUGCUUAGUUUAUUUCUGACAAAACUCCAUUUCAACAAUAGUGCUGGGGAAGAAAUAGCUUUCAAUGAGAAUGGAAACCUGGCAGCAGCAUACAAUAUCAUCAACUUGAUUACUUUCCCCAAUCGAUCCUUUCAUAAGGUCCAAGUUGGCCAUAUUGAACCUCAGAGUUCUCAGAAGGAAGACCUCACCAUUAAUACAACUGCCAUUGUAUGGAAUCCCAAAUUUAAGCAGACACCACCUUCUGCCACCUGUGUAGAAAGUUGCUAUCCUGGGUACCGGAAAUUAAUUAAGGAGGGGAAACAGGUUUGCUGCUAUGACUGUGUCCAAUGUUCAGAGGGGAGCAUUUCCACCCUGGUUGAUUCCAAGCAAUGUGAGAGGUGCCCAGAAGAACAAUAUCCAAAUGAGAAGCACCAUCAAUGUAUUCCCAAAAUUAUUGCCUACUUAUCCUACGAAGAAUUCCUGGGAGAAAUCCUGACUAGCUUUGCUGUUUCUUUUGCUGUAAUCACAAUUGUAGUGAUGGGGACAUUUAUCCGCCACCAAAACACUCCCAUUGUCAAAGCCAACACUUGGGAUAUCACCUGCACUUUGCUUUUCUCACUCCUGCUGUGUUUUCUCUGCUCUUUCUUCUUCCUCGGAUGCCCAGGGAUAGUCACAUGUCUCCUCCGGCAAGCAGUUUUUGGAGUUGUCUUCUCCAUUGCAGUAUCUUGUGUGUUAGCCAAAACCAUCACUGUGGUUCUGGCCUUCAUAGCCACAAAGCCAGGGAACCGCAUGAGGUGGUGGAUAGUCAUUGUGUUUUGCUCAUUUAUUCAAACAAGCAUCUGUGCUGUGUGGUUGACCCUUUCUCCUCCUUUCCCAGAGUUGGACAUGCAUUCCCAAUUGGAUGAGAUCUUAGUGCAAUGCAACGAAGGCUCAGAGAUCAUGUUUUAUGUUGUGCUGGGCUACAUGUGGCUUUUGGCCCUCAUCAGCUUCAUAGUGGCCUUCUUUGCCCGGAAGUUGCCCGACAGUUUCAAUGAAGCCAAACUCAUCACCUUCAGCAUGCUGGUCUUUUGCAGUGUUUGGGUCUCCUUUGUGCCAACCUACUUAAGCACUAAGGGGAAAUCCAUGGUGGCUGUGGAGGUCUUCUCUAUCUUGGCCUCAAGUGGUGGCUUAUUAGGUUGCAUUUUUAUGCCCAAGUGCUAUAUUAUCAUGCUGAGACCAGAGCUGAAUGCC